CUAUUUUCUUAUAGUCCUCCUGCCCUUUCAUCUCUUGCUUUCUCUCCCCAAGUCUCCUCUUUUGCCGGGUCUAGUUGUAACUCACGAAGAUGACACCUUUUCUGGGAGUUGAGAACGGUUACACCAAUGGAGCUACACCACACAUCUCCCCACUACUGGAAGGCACCCAAGCAGCAUUGAAGCAUCUGCUCGCCCGAUCAAACGGGCAACUCCCUGAAGAAUGUCUACCACACAUAGCAAACGUGGACUUCCAGACAGCCAACACCGGAAGCCCCUAUUUUCCUAGUCCUCUCAAGCAGACUGAGGCAAUCUCUGCUCUCAAAGCGGUGGAAGCAGGGGUUGCUGCCGCAAUCGCAGACUUGUCAGUCGGGGGGAAAGAGAGGAAUAUCACUGUCGACCUCGAAAGAGCCUCUGCAUUCCUCUUUUCAACAUAUCUCGCCACUGUUGGGGGCAUGGACAAAGCUCACCCUAAAGUAAAGACACUGCUAAAAGACACGGACCUGCUCAAAGCGCAGUCUAUUCUCUACCGAAGAUUGUCCGCCAAUCUCUACGAGACGAAGAAUCCCGGCGAAUUUUUCCACCUGCAUGGCUCCCUCGAGGCUACGAAAGCUCUGAACAUGAUUGGUCUCGAGGGGCAUCGACCAGACCUAACCGAUUACCAUGAAUGCAUCAGGGUAAUAGAAGAUCAUGUCAAGCAGUUCACAGCCGAUCAGCUCGAGGAGAUGAACGCCACCAUCAAGCAGGCUGGCGUGACAUGUCUGAAAUGGGAUGAGUUCCGGGCUACCCAACACGGUCAAGAGCUUCUUCGGCAGCCUCCGUGGAAGCUUGAAACACUUGAGACAGGGUCGCCACCUGUUCCUUUCCCGCGGGCACCCUCUCGCGCACCUAAACCGCAAAUUCUAUCGGGAGUUCGUGUCCUCGAACUGUGCCGCAUCAUUGCUGGGCCAGCCAUUGGACGUGGCCUUGCUGAGUAUGGCGCCGAAGUCAUCAAGGUCACAUCCCCUGAGUUAUCCGACGUGCCAUUCUUCCAAGUCGAUGGUAAUCUAGGGAAGCACACCACCAAUCUCAAUCUACGCAAUCCCGAGCAUCGAAAGACUUUCGAGGAAUUAUUACAGUCGGCGGAUGUAGUUUUAGACGGCUACCGCCCUGGUUCCCUUAUCCGCCUCGGAUACGGCCCCCGGCAGAUCCUCCAACUUACUAAGCAUCGCCAACGUGGCAUCGUGUACGUUGCCGAAAACUGCUUUGGACACGUUGGCCCCUGGUCAUCGCGACCAGGCUGGCAGCAGAUUGCUGAUUGUGUGACUGGUGUUGCAUGGUAUCAAGGCCUUUCUAUGGGACUGAAUGAGCCUGUCGUACCACCGUUCCCAAUGAGCGACUAUGGCACUGGCUGCAUGGGGACAAUUGCUGCACUGGUAGGAUUGUACAGGAGAGCAAAAGAGGGGGGUAGUUACUUUGGAGCCACGUCACUGUGUCAGUACGACAUUUUCCUGCUCGAGCUUGGGGUCUACGACAAGGUGACGAUGGCUCAAUUAAGAGAGCAGCAUGAUGCCGAGUUCUUUCAAUUGGCACAUCAUGAUUCUGUAGAUGAAGUAGGAAAGAGGGCGUUGAAAACAAUGAGGCGAGUACAUCCGGAGCUAUUUGAGGAGCGCCAUCUGCAGGAAUGCUUCAGCCGGGGAUUCAAUGCGAACGUCCGAACAGUGAAGCCUGUCAUUGAUAUCGAAGGGACGUGGAAUGGUUUCCUACGUAGUUCAAGACCUAAUGGAUUCGACAGGCCGACUUGGGAAGGGUGGGAGGUGGAUGAGGACAUGCUCUUGGUAUGAGUACGGAUUAAUGAAGUAUAAAACAUGACUUUCCCUAUUUUUCUAUUCAUUCAUGCUUUAUCUAUUUCUACCUCUCUCUCUCAUUCUUCACGUAGCAUUGCUAUUAGCUC